CGCGCUUUAAAACUCAAGCCUCGUCCUCGGCUAGCUAGAUGGCAGCUGCAGCAGCGGCGCGGGCCGGGGAGACCAGGCGCAUGCCACCAUGCAGCACUAUGGGGUGAACGGCUACUCCCUGCACGCCAUGAACUCGCUCAGUGCCAUGUACAACCUGCACCAGCAGGCAGCCCAGCAGGCCCAGCAUGCCCCCGACUACCGUCCAUCGGUGCACGCGCUUACACUGGCUGAGCGCCUGGCUGACAUCAUCUUGGAGGCCCGCUAUGGCUCCCAGCACCGCAAACAGCGUCGCAGCCGCACAGCGUUCACAGCUCAGCAGCUCGAGGCCCUGGAAAAAACCUUUCAGAAGACUCACUACCCGGAUGUGGUGAUGCGGGAGAGGCUGGCCAUGUGCACAAACCUGCCUGAGGCCCGGGUGCAGGUGUGGUUCAAGAACCGCAGGGCCAAGUUCCGGAAGAAGCAGCGCAGCCUGCAGAAGGAGCAGCUUCAGAAGCAGAAGGAGACCGAGGGCUCCCAUGAGGAGGGCACCAUCGAGUCCUCAACCCCAGACACUCACCUGGAGACGACGGACCAGCCCCCCAGUCUGCCCAGUGGUGAUCCCCCUGCUGAGCUUCACCUGAGCCUGUCGGAGCAAUCGGCUAGUGAGUCAGCCCCCGAGGACCAGCCGGACCGUGAGGAGGACACCCGGGCUGGGGCUGAGGAUUCCAAAGCUGAGAAGAGCCCUGGGGCUGACAGCAAGGGGCUGGGCUGCAAGAGGGGCAGCCCCAAAGCAGAUUCCCCGGGCAGCCUGGCCAUCGCUUCUGCUGCCCCGGGGGGCAGCCUCCUGGGCCCCUCCCACUCUUAUUCUUCGUCCCCGCUGAGCCUCUUCCGUCUGCAGGAGCAGUUUCGUCAGCACAUGGCGGCCACCAACAACCUGGUUCACUACUCAUCCUUUGAAGUGGGGGGCCCGGCCCCCGCAGCGGCUGCUGUGCCCUAUCUGGGUGUCAACGUGGCACCGCUCAGCUCCCUGCACUGCCAGUCUUACUACCAGUCCCUGUCUGCAGCCGCUGCUGCCCACCAGGGCGUGUGGGGCUCCCCGCUGCUGCCUGCGCCCCCUGCAGGCCUGGCGCCAGCCUCAGCUGCCCUGAACAGUAAAACCACCAGCAUUGAGAACCUGCGGCUCCGGGCCAAGCAGCACGCAGCUUCCCUGGGACUUGAUACGCUGCCCAACUGACUGGUCUUCAGCCCAGCCAAGGGGCUUGGGCGCCCCCUUCCCAGCCCCAUGGUUUUCCCCAGAAGGCUCUUGGAGGUAAUUUUAGGAGCCCGGGAAUCCGGAGACUUGAGUCUUCUCCCUAUCCUCUCCCUCAGAGCCACAGCCCCAGGUGAAACCUAUAUGCCCUCUGCAUGGCCCUGCUUGGACCCCAUGGAGGCAGAAUGGGGAGGAGGUGAGGGGCAGGCUAGAUCUCCUCCUCAGUGUCACCUCCUCCUGCCCUCCCCCCACCUCUGCCCCUAGUAAGUUGAUGUGUGGAAUGUGAGAUAUAAAUAGAAAUAUAUAAAGCUCUAUUUUCAGGCCUGCCUGCCCCAGGCCCGGCCCCUGCUCCCAUUGCUUCUUCCUGCCAUUCCUGCUCUACCUGCAGCUUCUAAAGCUCACUCCGGCCUUCUCUUCUCUCUUGAUCUUCCUCUCCCUACCUCCUUCCUGGUCAUAGCCCCCCUCUGUCUUCUCCACCUUGAUCUUUCUCUUAAUGUCUCUUCCUCUUGCCCCUUUGGUGCCGGCUGUGUUGGUGUCAUCAGUUCUCCAGCUGUAUUUUGAUUGAGGUUGUGGUUUUUUGGUUUUAGUAAUUUUGCUUUUUCCGUUUCUCUCCUCUUCUCCAUCCUGGCUUCUUCCCGGCCUGCCUGUCUUUUCCCUUCACCUGCAUCCUCUUUAGGCAGCUAUUCCAUUCCGUGCCCCAACAGGAAACAAGGUCCUAGAUAGAGACCCUGGAGCAGCAGGCAGGAGGUGGUCCUGGUCCUCAUGCCCACGCUUCCCAGGCCUGACAUCGGAAGGGAGCAUGAGCCACUUUUUCUUCUCUCUUCUCAGCUUGGAGGCCCUAUUUGCCCAGCUCAGAGAGGAAGGACUGGAGGCAAUAGGCUGGAAUGGGGAGUGCAACAUCCAGCAGCCCCUGCCUGUACUUCCUCCAAGGCCACUGUUCACCCAGGUCUGACCAGAGCUCUAAAGCCCUUUGGUUGUAGAGAGAUGACAGGUGAGAGGUACUCUCAGAGAGAUAGGGCUGGUGCUCUUCUCUCAGUCCCAGCUUCUGAGUUCAGCAGUUUCUGUUCUUCCUUGAAUUAUGAUGGAACCAGAAGUGAAAGUUGAACUCUGUUAAAUCCAAAGCCAUGGGAGUAUCAGAGGAAGAGACACCUAGGCAGGGGGAACGGAGAGCAGCAAAGGCUAUGGGAGACACAGAAGGCAUUUUUGGUUAAGAACUAGUGGCCCAUAGUCCAUUGAUUGUCCUUUGUGGACAGCUCCAGGAAGUCCUGAUCACAGUGAGUGCAAACCACACAGCAAUGCACACAUUGAGGCUUCUGUUGGCUUCUUGUUCUAAAACCAGUGGUAGAAAUAGGGGCUCUGUCAAGCUGGUCACUGGCACAGAAGGGGAUGUUCUGUUAUGGCCAGGCAACCCAGCUCAGCAGAGCCCCUUUCAUAGAGGGGUGACCUUGGACAAGCCCAAAGCCUCUCUGGGGCUCUGUUUCCAUCUGCAUUAGAUAGCCUGUAAGAUCCUGUCCAGCUCCAGCAUUCUGCAUUCUGUACUUACAACCUCAAAGGAUAGAAGUUUUUAGUUAAAUUUAACUAUAACAACAUACUCUGAAUAUAUGAAUUGGAAAAUUGCUGUUGACUUGCUUGGAGCAAUGACUACUGUACACAGGAACCUAUCUGUUGACACUGUUUCCCAGGAAGUGUAAUGGUUCCUUUCUAGUUCAGACAAUUCAGAUUUUUCUUAUUUUUCUUGAGUUCCAGUGCCAGCCUCUGGGGUCACUCUAUUUCCAUGCCUGUGGUCAAGGGGGAAGAGGAUGGCUUGGACAGAUUCCAGGUUACCAUCCCCAACUCUGUGGCUCGCCCCUGGACUUCUACUCCCUGUUUAGAGAGGCUGAAAACCAGAGUCAUGAUUCCUAAGGUUGUCUUCCUCCUUGGGUACCCUGGUAGGACCGGCCUGCAGAGCAACCAAUGGCCAUCACCCUUCAGAGGCCAGUCUCAGCUGGAGCAGAUGGAAAUGCUCUGGGCCAGAAAAAGUGAGGAGUGUGAAGGCAUGGGCCAGGAAAACCAUUUGAACAAGACAGGGGAAGUGACACUAAGUGGGCUAUGGGGCUGAGGGGCCUGGAAUCCAGGCUAAGAGCCCACCUCCUUGUUUCUGAAUUGGGUGUCUUGCUGGGAUCUGCAGUUUGGAAGGUAAAUCCAAAGCCAUGGGAGCAUCAGAGGAGGAGAGACCUAGGCAUGGGGGAGGGAGGGUCGCAAAGACCACGGGAGACACAGAAGGCAGUUUUGGUUAAGAACUAGUGGCCCAUGGUCCAUUGAUUGUCUUUGUGGACAGCUCCAGGGAGUUCUGUUUGCAAAACAGAAAAAUCUCAUCUGGAUCAGGCAUGGAGCUGGGUGCAAAUGACUGUUAGUAGGCCUUGGAAUCCAAUGGCCCUGAAUAUCAUCACCUCCUGAUCUCCUCAGGGGCAAGAGCACCUGUUUUUAUGUCCUAUCAUGGCAGGAGCCAGGCCCCUUAGACUCAUCCCAUCGCCCUCAGAUCGUUGUCAACACUUCUGUUAGUAGUUGACCCAAACCCAUAAGCUCAGAGGAGGAGGCGAAGGUACCUGUGGUUCUGGCUUUUGAGGGAGUCUCAAGGGAGUUUAGAGCACCAGCCCCAGAUACUGAAAACAGAUGGAGAGAAGAGGAGGGUGUCCUUGCCAUGAGUCAGAGGACACAAGCUCAAGUGGGCCCUCACCCACUGGCCACGGACCCUGGAGCCUCCCUGAGCCACCCUGAGGGCCAAGAGCCUGAGCUCAAGUCCCAACUAUCCCUUCCAGGAAGCCUCAUGCCACUCUGCUCCCUUCUGUUUGAGGUCUUCCCUUCCCUGCUUCCUUACUCUCCCAGAGUGUGGUCUGGGGGCCUGGGUCCCCACCUCGACUCUUAAGGCUGGUGUUCUGUACAGACUGCUUUCCAAACCAGCUGUUUUGUGACCAUUCGUGUUUAGAGGAUGUGCCAGCCUGUGGCAAAACACUGUGUACUGUAUUUAUUUAUUCUGUUAGUUGAAGAAACAAAACUCAGACCGUCCCCUUCCCCUUGUUCUGCCCCUUGCGUAGUGCAGCAUGAUACUCUGUUCCGUGUAUCUGUCUGUCUUACUUCCUGUGACGUUGUGACCUGUUCUUUGUCCUACUUGGCUAAUAAAAGAGAACCUGGU